CUCGAACCAGAAGCCGACCAUGAUCCUCAAGCUCUUCAAGACGCUGACGUGCUUCAAAACACUGAAAUACAAGAAUUAACUAAUAUCACACAAAUGGAAGAUCUACAGCUCGCUAUCGACUUUGCAAAUGUACUCAAGGAUGCUCAACUCGAUGAUCAAACAAUGCCAAUUCACCCAGAGACCUUGCAGUGCCUACGAAACCCUCCAGAAUACCCUUGUGUCCUUGAUGACCCUCACGAACGGUUUUCACUCGACCUAUUGUUGGCAACAACAAGUGCAUUGGAGGAAGUUUACGACAAAAUUCAUAAGGCCUAUGCUCGUCUGCAUCCAGAGGAUGCAGACAAGAUACUAUCACAUUACUACAUGAAAUGUCGCAUGGUCGAGCUAACAGGCGUCAACUCAUUAGUACAUGACACGUGCAUAGAUUCAUGUAUUGCCUGUACAGGACCCUUUGUGCAACUUCAAAAACGCCCUACGUGUAAUGCCCCACACUAUGAUCAACAAAUCUUUGAUGAAACUGGAGGCAAGGAGAAGAGAGCUCGUCAACAAUUCCAUACCAUGCCGAUUGGCCCCCAAACUCAAGCACUCUGGCAUGAUUCAUCAAGUGCAGAAAAAAUGAAAUACCGCGAGACUACUACAGCAAAAAUACUGGCAGAACUCAACAUAAAAG